AUGCAGAAGAUUCACAAUUCAUCAAUAAUUGAGCAUUCAAAUUAUAAAGGUCAAAUCUCAGGUAUUCGAGCUGCUGCACGCGCGUACGAAGUUCCUUAUUCAAGUUUAUAUGAUCGAUUACACGGCCGCACAACACGAAAAGAUUCUCAGUUAAAAAACCGAAAACUCAGUCUUACAGAGGAAGCAUCUCUUAUUCAGUGGAUUCUAUCCAUGACUGAGCGAGGCCAGUCACCCCGCAUCACAACCGUACGAAAUAUGGCCAAUUUGCUUCUUUCUGAACGAGAAAUCAAGUCUGAAUCCAAACCCCCUCCAACAGUGGGUGAAUGCUGGGUACGAAACUUUGUUAAUCGUCAUGAGGAGUUAAAAUCAACAUUCUCUCGAAAGUAUGAUCACCAGCGAGCUCUAUGUGAGAAUCCUGAGAUUAUUCGUGGAUGGUUUAAUCUCGUACGAAACACCAUUGCAAAGUAUGGGAUUGCACAGGAAGAUACAUACAACUUUGAUGAGACUGGAUUUCAGAUGGGAGUUAUUGGGACAGCCAGAGUAAUUACUGGAUCUGAGAGAGUUGAUCGUCCGAAUCUUAUACAGCCUGGAGAUCGGGAAUGGGCCACUGUUAUUGCAGGAGUUAAUGCAACUGGUUGGGCUUUACGUACGAUGAUUAUUCUAAAGGGAAAGAUGCACCAAUCCCAUUGGUAUGAGACUGAGAAGCUGCCACAUGACUGGGUGAUUGGAGUCAGUGAGAAUGGAUGGACAAAUGAUAAGCUGGGGUUGAUCUGGCUUAAGGAGAUAUUUGACAAGGAUACUCGAUCUCGUACGAAGGGCAAAUAUCGACUCUUGAUCCUUGAUGGACAUGGAAGUCAUGCUUCAGCAGAGUUUGAUCAAUUCUGCUCUGAGAAUGACAUCAUUGCUCUCUACAUGCCAUCUCAUUCAUCUCAUCUUCUUCAGCCCUUGGAUGUUAGCUGUUUCUCUCCUCUAAAGAAGGCAUACAGACGACAGGUGGAGAAGCAAAUGCAGCUUGGCAUCAAUCACAUUGAUAAGGAAGAGUUUUUGACUCUCUAUCCAGCAGCUCAUAUGGAAGCCCUGAAUGAGAACAACAUCAAAAGUGGUUUUAAAGCUACAGGUUCUCAAGCCUCCUGGGGCCACAGCCACACCACACAAUAUCGCGUACGAAGUGUCAAUGAACAGGAAAAUGAGAAGGUUGAGGUUUCUAACUCUCAACCACGAAAACGAGCAGCACCACGGUGCAGUAUAUGUGGUACUAUUGGACAUACUGCUCUUAUAAACAUGAAAAAGAGUGAAGAAGUGAUCGGGAAGGGUAUUUGA